CCGAUCCGUCGCGUCCAGCAACACCAACGCAGCCGCCGACGCCUUUGCUUCGAGUUCGAGAUGAGGUUCGUCGCCGCGUACCUGCUCGCCACCCUGGGCGGCAACUCGAGCCCGACCAAGGACGACGUCCGAGCCAUCCUCGGCUCCGUGGGCGCCGAGGUGGAGGAGGGCAAGCUCGACGCCCUCUUCAAGGAGGUGGAGGGCAAGGACCUGGCCGAGCUCCUCGCCGCCGGCAGGGAGAAGUUCGCCUUUGCGCCCAGUGGCGGCGCCGGGGCGGCCAUGGGCGCGUCCCCCGUCGCCGCCGGUGACGCUGCCGAGGAGAAGAAGGAGAAGGCCCAGGAGAAGAAGGAAGAGGAGGAGGAGGAGGAGGACCUCGACAUGUUCAGCCUCUUCGACUGAGCGACCCACCGCGCCGUGCCGAUCGAUCUGCCGGCUCUUUACCGUAGCUAGUACAGUAUCUGUGUAUCCGUGAUCUGCUGUACUCCCUCCGUUCGCUUUUAUAAGGCGUUUCAGACAGCUGGGUUUAAACUGUUUAGUACACUGUCUGAAUUUGCUAAAACGUUUUAUAUAAGUAAACAGAGGGAGUACUUUUUUUAGGGACGUAAUUUGUUGUACUUCGUUUGGUGGUAGCACUUUUUUUAUUAGGGGCGUAAUAUAUGUAUUGGGAGAUUUUAGAUGUUGUUGAGAUUAGAAAUAUAUUUAACCGUGUCCUGAUGGCA